UUGACAUUAUAAAUACCCAUGUCAGGUCGAUAACUCUCAUGCAUGCAGGCAUCGCGCAUCUCUGGACUUUCUCUUUCCCUCUCUUCCUAAACCACAAUGGCUGGAAUCUGGUUCACGCCGCUAACGCUGCUGUUACUACUCGCAUUUUCCUCCGCAGUUCGGUCGUGUUCGCCGUCGGACCUGGCCGCGCUGCUACACUUCAAAUCCGCUCUCCAUGAAUCUCGCAACGGAAUAUUCAACUCCUGGACCGGCACCGACUGCUGCGGCAACUGGCUCGGCGUCUCCUGCGACCGCGACUCUCGCCGCGUCGCCGAAAUCAGCCUCCGCGCCGGUCCAGUCUACACCACGUUCGAGAAGCCUUACCGUCCGGAUUACAUGUCCGGUUACAUAUCGCCGGAGAUUUGCAAGCUCACUCACCUCUCCACCCUCAUCAUCAGCGACUGGCAGGGAAUCUCCGGCGAGAUCCCGCGCUGCAUCUCCUCGCUCUCCUUCCUCCGCAUCAUCGACCUCACCGGAAACCGCAUUUCUGGCACUCUCCCAGCAGACAUCGGGAAGCUUCGGUAUCUGAGCCUCCUAAGCGCCGCCGAUAACCUAAUCACCGGCGAAAUCCCGGCGACGUUGACGAGCUUGACUGGUUUGACGCAUCUGGACCUUCGUAACAACAAGAUCCGCGGGCCCAUUCCGCAGAACAUGGGCCAGCUUCAGAUGUUGAGUCGGGCCUUUUUAAGCGGAAACCAAAUAACCGGGUCAAUCCCGGGCUCAAUCUGUCAUAUAUACCGUCUGGUGGAUCUUGAUCUGUCAAAUAACCAUUUAUCCGGGCCGAUUCCUGAAAGUUUGGGCCGGAUGUCGGUUCUGUCAACGUUGAAGUUGGAUAAUAACAGGCUUUCGGGAAGCAUACCAGGGAGGCUGUUGGCGUCGGGUAUUAACGAGCUGAACUUGAGCCACAACAUGUUAGAGGGUAUUAUACCCGACGCCUUUGGGGCUUCAUGCUAUUUCACGUUACUGGACUUAUCGUAUAAUAACCUCAAAGGGCCAAUACCGAAAUCUAUGUCUUCUGCUUCGUACAUUGGGUAUGUGGACUUUAGCCAUAACCACCUCUGCGGCCCAAUUCCUAACUCCUACGGUAACACCGAUGCCUCCUCAUUCGCUUACAACGAUUGCCUCUGUGGAAAGCCACUCAAAGCUUGUUAAUUACUGCUAUCGACUUCCCACACUCAUUCACAUGCACCCAUCUCCAUUCUUAACUGUGUCACUUUAUUUCGUUCUGUAAAAUAAAGCAGAAGGCUCCCAUGUUUAAUUAGAAGUGAUUAUUAACUCUGAUUUUGGAUUUCA